AAAAAAAUCGUAGAAGAAGAAAAAAACACCACAGAAGAAGAACUGAAAGCGGAAAAAGAAAGAAGCAUCGUUUAACCGUGUGGCAAUAACAGAAACGUUCAACGCAGUUCAAAAAGAGAUCAAACCACAAUGCUUCCCUUGUCUCUGCUGAAGACUGCCCAGAACCAUCCGAUGCUGGUGGAGCUGAAAAAUGGAGAGACUUACAACGGUCACCUGGUCAGCUGUGACAACUGGAUGAACAUUAACUUGAGAGAAGUCAUCUGCACCUCUAGGGAUGGAGAUAAGUUCUGGAGGAUGCCUGAGUGCUACAUCAGAGGAAGCACCAUCAAGUAUCUGAGAAUCCCAGACGAGAUCAUCGACAUGGUGAAGGAGGAGGUGGUGUCAAAGGGCCGCGGACGUGGAGGAGCUCAGCAGAACAAACAGCAGGGCAAAGGAAGAGGAGGAGCUGGCCGUGGUCUCUUUGGUGGACGAGGCAGAGGAAUGACCGGUCCUGGAAGGGGUCAGCAGCAGCAGCAGGAUAAGAAACCCAGCAAACCACAGGGAAUGAAGAACCAGCACUGAGAGACUCAAUCAUACCUUCAACAACACACCAUGUUAUAUAGAACGACUACUCUUUGAGUAGAUGUACAAUGGCCUCUCUGGUGUUUGUUUUUGCUGCAGUGAUUGUCUGACCACAGCACUAAUCAAACUGGGAGGAAUGGAGAGAAGCUGUGCUCUGGCACUAUGUUUGUUUGUUUUUAAGCACCUGUGAGUAGGUAUUGAUUUUUUAUUAUAACCAUACAUUGGUGUAUCAGAGCCAACAAUCCCUUAAUUACAGUUUAUAUGUUUGAUCACAGGUUGCAAAAAGUCAUUGAAGAGAAUCAAAUUGUUUUGCAGUGCACUGACUUCCUUUUCUCCUGUUUGUUUCCCUGUAAAGCAACAGCCCAACCCCAGAUUCUGUCGCAUGAAUAUGAUUUUUAAAUUGCUCUUAGUUUGCUGUUGUUUGUUUGCUGUUUCUUUUGUCUGCUGUGACAGUCUGUUCACAGCAGGUGGGCCGUUAGACUAGCACUCGGGACGAGGACCCUGCCCCGGAAUUUUUUUUAAGAAAGUGUAAGAUGACACAUUAUGGUCAAAAGGAGUUUCAGUAAAAAAGAUUCUCACGUCUGAAGAACGAUAAGAGUCCAACAUGUUUGUUGGUUGGGUUUUGUUUUAUUUUUGUAACAAAAGACAAUGUUGUAAUUUAUGUACGAGACAACAUGAGAAUAAAACCGCUUUUGUGAGAA